AUGGCUUCUCCAACUCACUCCGUCGCUCUUUCUCUCCUCCCCCCUCGAUACACACUCCCCAAACCUCACACUCACCUCCUCCUCUCUCUCUCCUCCUCCUCCACCCCAUACUCUCUCCUCCUUUCCCGCCGCCGCUCCUCCGCCCUUUCCCCGCCGUACAGACCUCCCCGCCGACGAUCCUCGCACUCGACCUGUCUCGCAUACGUAACGGGCCCGCCGUCCGACCCUAUCGUGGCCGAUAACGGUCCGAAACUCAAUGUCUCGAGCUCCGACACCGAAAGCACACAAUCGCCGCCGAGCGUCAUAAGCUGGGGUCUGUUGUCGAGCCUUCUGCUUCAGCAUAAGUUGAGACUAGCGGUUUCUGUCGCCACUCUCGUUGGUUGCACAGCUUGCACUCUCUCAAUGCCUUUGUAUUCCGGGAAAUUUUUUGAAGUACUUAUAGGCAAAACACCAAAGCCUCUGUGGGAUGUGCUUGGUAGGAUUGCAGUUCUAUAUGCAUUAGAGCCAAUUUUCACCAUUCUUUUUGUGGUAAACUUGAAUUCGGUUUGGGAGAAGGUUAUGUCAAACUUAAGAGCUCAGAUAUUUCAAAGGGUGUUGAUUCAAAAGGAGGAACAGAAGAAAGUGUUUUGCUUUUGGGACUUCUGGAAUAUGAAGUGUAGUCCUGUUUUAGGCAUUGGAACUAUACGGAUGGGUUUUGACUUGGAAGACUUGUGGAAUUUUUUGACCGAUAUAAGAUUAUGUGUUCUGACUUAUGUUGGUGAACUCACUGCAUUGUUAACAUCUGAUUUGGGUUCUCUAAAGGACAUUGUAAGUGAAAACAUUUCAAGGGAUCGUGGGUUCAGGGCGCUUUCUGAGGCAAGCUAUUCUACACUAAGCGAAAGUCAGCUUUAA